UGAUCAUAUUUCAUAAAUCACCACCCGACAAAGUUGGCUUCUUCCUCAAUAGACCUCAAUCUCAUUUUUAUGAUGCACCAAGGAGAGGAAAAAAAAGCAAAAGGUAAUCAGGAUUCGUGUCUGAACUCUGAAGCUCCUGCGAAUUCACUUCAGUUUUAAAUUUAAUUGGUUACCAAAGGAUAAGAAGUAAAACCUGAAAUAACGAAAGCAGCGACAGGCUCCGACGGACGGCAGGAUAAAUGUAUCCGGUUCAGUCGGACCUCCGGUCGGCACUGCAAAUUGCCGCCACUUUUUGUUACCUGAAUCAAAUUCCAUUGAGCGCGUGGCCAGAGUCCCGCAUCGCCUUGUGUAGACGAACCAAGGUGCGUGCUGAGUCGUUGAGGUUAAAGUUGAGAUCGAGGGUAAGGGCUUUCUCUUCCUCUCCCUCCUCUAUUGAGAGCGAGGCGCUCGUCGACAAGACCAUCCAGCCUGCCAUUUGUACGGCCGAUGAGCUGCACUAUGUCUCCGCCCCCAACUCCGAUUGGAGACUUGCUCUCUGGCGCUAUAUUCCUUCUCCCAAGGCACCCUCGAGAAAUCAUCCUCUGUUGCUUUUAUCUGGGGUGGGGACUAACGCCAUUGGAUAUGAUCUCUCUCCUGGGUCUUCAUUUGCACGUUACAUGUCAAGCCAAGGAUUUGACACAUGGAUUCUUGAAGUACGAGGUGCUGGGUUGAGCAUGCGGGGAGUAGAGUCAAAGAAAACUGAUCUGUCUUCUGAGAAUAAUGUAAUAUCAAACCCGAUAGUAUCUACAACCAAGGGAACAAUCAACAGUGUACUUCCUGCAGAACAGGAGCCAGCCAUUAACCUUGGUUCUUUAGUAGACUUUGAGAACUCUGCUGUCAAAGAAAACAAUAAGGAGUCUGUGACUGUAUGGGAUGAGUCGCAAGUGGUGGCAAAGUUGACAGAAACUUUUAUGAGUUUGUCAGAAAGAGUCUCUGGCUUUCUUAAUGAAGGCCAAUCAAGGAUUAUGUCUGCUAAAUUAUUUGAUCAAAUAUCCAAACUUUUAGAAGAUGCUCAGUUAUCAGAACGUUUUGAUGAGAUCAGAGAAAAACUUUCAGGUUUGUUAGAAGCAAGGCAGAACUCUGCUAUUGCUAGUCAAAUCAGGGAUUUGAGUCAAAGGCUCGUAAAUAUUAUUGAAGAAGGUCAACGAUCUGUUUCACCACAGUUUUUUGACUUGCAAGAGCGUUUUUCAACAACCAUAGAAGAUUUCCAGAAACAACUUGACCUGAUUAUCAAGUAUGAUUGGGACUUUGAUAACUACUUGGAAGAGGAUGUUCCUACUGCGAUGGAAUAUAUAAGGGCUCAAAGCAAGCCAAAGGAUGGUAAGUUACUUGCAAUUGGUCACUCCAUGGGGGGUAUCUUGCUGUAUGCGAUGUUAUCACAAUCUGGCUUUGAGGGAAGAGACUCUGGAUUGGUUGCAGUUGUUACUUUGGCAUCAUCACUUGAUUACACUUCUUCCAAGUCAUCACUCAAGUUACUCCUACCCCUUGCAGAUCCUGCUCAGGCACUUAAUGUUCCUGUUGUACCUUUGGGGGCAUUAUUGGCAGCUGCUUAUCCCCUUUCUUGUCGUCCUCCUUAUGUGUUGUCUUGGCUUAAUGCUCAGAUCUCAGCUGAGGACAUGAUGCAUCCGGAGUUGUUUGAAAAACUUGUCUUGAACAAUUUUUGUACUAUACCUGCUAAGCUCGUCCUGCAACUAACAACUGCUUUCAAAGAGGGUGGAUUACGUAACAGGGAUGGUACUUUCUUCUUCAAGGAUCAUUUGCACAAAAGCAAUAUCCCUGUCCUGGCAUUUGCGGGAGACCAAGACCUGAUAUGCCCACCUGAAGCUGUGUAUGAAACUGUCAAGGUAAUUCCUCGGCAUUUGGUUACAUAUAAGAUCCUUGGACAACCUGGUGGUCCUCAUUAUGCGCACUAUGAUUUGGUGGGAGGGCGUUUGGCAGUGGAACAAGUGUAUCCAUGCAUAAUUGAGUUCCUCACUCGUCAUGAUGUGACAUGAUUCUCCGUUACACCAUUUCAUCACCUCUCCUUAGUUUGUCCAAGUGAAAUGUACUUCGCAUUAAUUUUUUAGCAUGCAAAGAGGAGCAGCUGGAUAAAGAACACUGAUCAAGUAACAUAUUUAUUAUGUACACGAUACAAAAGAAAGGGAAAGUCUGGCGUCAAUUAUGUCUUUGUUGUAUCAAUAUCAUAUUGUCAUCAACUUAAAAACAUUUGUUUAAAGGAAAUAGUAAAUAAGGACAGAAAACAUGUUUCUUUAA